UUUUGCCGCACUGGAGAGGUCUACAAUAAGUAGGAGCUGUUCUGACUCGCACCAUUAUUAGAAACAAAAGCUCAGAAACUUCAAAGAGACAAGGAGGCAGAGAAGGGGUGACACGGCUAAGCGGGAUAAAUCGUUCUGCGGCUCGUAAAGUAAAUGAAUAAACUGCAUGUUAACAGAUACAUAGCCUUUUUUAUAGUGCAACAUUUCUGGGGGGUGGACGCAAAUAAUUUGUAAUGCUGAAAUAUGAGAGAACGAAACUGAGGCGGGUGAAUCAGGCACGCCAAAGAGGAGACAGCCUGUGUGCUUUGAGAGAAGUUAAGCUUACAAAAAAUUCAGCUGCACGGAACGAGAUUUCUCAAAGUGGGGUAAAAACUUGAUCCCCAUUCGCCGACUCGAGAGAAACUUUAAGCGCUCAUUCUCCAGUGUUUCAAUGGAUACAUUUGAGUGAGUGACUAGUACCAACUGCACAUUUCAAUCUAUGUACUUUGAAGCCUCAACUCUCUAUACAGGUUUUUAAAAUUAAGAACUUGUUGCCCCACAACACGGCCGAGUGAAGAUUAUUAUGAAAAUGCCGAAGUCCCGCCGAGCAUCGUGGAUUCUUUCAUGGACUGUUUUCAUCUGUAUUGUCAGUGGAAGUUAUUCACAAGAGCGGCAAGGUUAUCUGAUCGCGGCCCCCUCGGUGUUCCGCGCUGGUGUGGAGGAGGUGCUGAGCGUUACCAUCUUCAAUGGUGCGGAGGACACGCGGGUGCAGGCGCAGCUGUCGGUGAAGGGGGAAACGGUGGCCCACAGUCACGGCACCGUGCGGGACAAGGGCACGAUCAGAUUGAAGGUUCCUGCUGGCCUGCGAGGGCAGGCUCACUUGAAAGUGUGGGGGAAUCGCCACCUGACCGAGGAGGGCUACAUCUUUCACAACUCCACCACCGUCACGGUGGACAGCAAAGGCACAGCCGUCUUCAUCCAGACUGACAAGCCUGUCUACAAACCCAGGCAGAAAGUGCUCAUUAAUGUGUACUCAGUCACUCCGGAUCUGAGACCAGCCAAUGACAAGAUUGAAGCUUACGUUGUGGACCCCAGAGGAUCCCGGAUGAUACAGUGGACAGAUCUCAAACCCAUCUGCUGCGGGGUUGUGAACAUGAGUUUCCCGCUGUCGGACCAACCUGUGUUCGGAGAGUGGUUCAUUUUCGUGGAGAUGCAGGGACACACCUACAACAGGUCCUUUGAGGUGCAGAAGUAUGUGAUGCCCAGGUUUGAGCUGAUCAUUGAGCCGCCGCGGUACAUCCGUGACCUCAGCAAGUGUGAGCCGGCCACUGUACAUGCCAGGUACACCUUUGGCAAACCAGUCAGUGGGAGACUGACGGUGAACAUGACGGUGAAUGGAGUGGGGUACUAUCGCCACGAAGUGGGUCACCCAGUUGUCAAGACAAUGGAGAUCAAGGGCUCCGCGACCUUUGACCUGUGUGUGAAAGACAUGAUGCCCUUGGAUGUGGCGGACCACUUCCGUGGCGCUGUGAGCAUGUGGGUGUCGGUGGCCAGCGUGGACGGGGGGCGGCAGACCAUGUUUGACGACUCCACACCUGUCCACAAGCAACUCAUUGACAUCAAGUACUCCAAGGACACCCGCAAGCAGUUCAAGCCUGGUCUGCCCUACAAAGGGAAGGUGGAGGUGACCUACCCCGACGGUAGCCCUGCGGAUGGGGUGCGGGUGCGGGUGAAGGCGGAGCUCACGCCCAAGGACAACGUGUACACGAGUGAGCUGACCUCCUCAGGGGGCCAGGCCAUCUUCGAGAUCCCGUCCAUCCCCACGGCCGCACAGUAUGUCUGGCUGGAGACCAAGGUGACAGCCAUCGAAGGAAAGCCAGCGGGAGACCAGUACCUUCCCAGUUACCUGUCAAUCAGCAGCUGGUACUCCCCCAGCAAGUGUCACAUCCAGCUUCAGAGCCCUGGUGCACCCCUGCAGAUUGGACAGGAGGCAGAGAUUUCAUUGAAGUCCACCUGCCCUUGUAACUUCACGCUGCACUAUGAGAUUGCCUCUCGUGGAAACAUCGUGCUGUCUGGUCAGCAGCUCCCCAACACCACCACUCACCGCGGCAAGAGGGCGACGGUCACUUUUGAUAAGAAUAUCCACACUACACUGCCUCCUAGUGGUUCAGGUGGAGCUGCCUCCUCCCUGCAGGCCGAGUCGGACAGCUGCGUCUCGGUGCUCCGCUUCCCCGUCACCCACGGCAUGGCCCCCCUCAGCAGGCUGCUGGUGUACUACGUGAGGGAGAACGGGGAAGGUGUGACGGACAGCCUGCAGAUCCCCGUCCAGCCCAGCUUCGAGAACAGGGUGUCCGUCUCUCUGUCAGCCAAUGAUUCGAUGCCAGGUGACUCCCUGAGCCUGCGGGUCAGAGGUGAGAGAGGCUCCUGUGUGUGUGUCGCCACCGUGGACAAGAGUCUGUACCUACUAAAACCAGGCUUCCAGUUCACCCCAGACAAGGUGUUCAAGGAGCUGGCUGAGUUUGACGUGUCGGACGCCUUUGGAGUACCCAAAGACGAUGGGCACUUCUGGUGGCCUGGGCUGUCGUCACGGCGACGGCGGCGCUCUUCGGUGUUCCCUUGGCACUGGGACAUCACCAAAGAUGCCCGCUUUGCAUUCACUGAGACUGGGCUGGUGGUGAUGACAGACAUGGUGAGUCUGAACCACAGACAGAGUGGAGGAAUGUACACAGAUGAGGCUGUGCCAGCCUUCCAGCCCCACACUGCCACGCUGGUAGCUUCCAUGCACUCCCGCGCUGUGCCCAGGGCGGAGAAACGCAGGCGGACGUUCUUCCCGGAGACGUGGGUGUGGCGCUGCGUUAACAUCAGUGAUGCCACUGGGGAAGCAGAACUGCGAUUGGAUGUGCCCGAUUCCAUCACCACCUGGGUGACGGAGGCGAUUGGCUUAUCGGAAGAGAAGGGGCUGGGCCUGGCACCGAGAGCAGAGCUGCGGACGUUCAAACCUUUCUUCGUAGAUUUCACCCUGCCUUACAGCGUGAUCCGAGGAGAGCAAACCAAAGUCCCACUCACAGUCUACAACUACCUGCCUACCUGUGCAGAGGUCCACGUCAAAGUCUCGGUUCCCAAAGGGAUUAAGUUUGUUGGCCAUCCUGGAAAGCAUCACCUCACCCGCAAGAAAUGUGUAGCUCCGGGAGAGGCCACGCCCACAUCCAUAGUCCUGUCAUUUACUGAGCUGGGUGCAGCUAACAUUACAGUGCGCGCAGUGGCCUACAGUGAACCAGGCUGCUGUGCCGACGGGCUUCAGUCACCCAAAAUGGGCAAGAGCCCUGAGGACAUGGAGGAGAAGAGGACCCCCACAGGCAUGGACUAUGUGCGCAGGAGUGUGCUGGUUGAGCCUGAAGGCCUGCCCAGAGAGUACACUUACAGCGUCUUCUUCUGCCCCAAUGAGAGGAUCCACAUCUCCACGCCCAACAAGUAUGAGUACCAGUAUGUGAAGAAACCGGCACGCAUGAUGCACUUCGAGGUGGCAGUGAAGACCCACAACGACGCCCACAUCGCCCUGUCGCCCAGCCCGCAUGACAGUGUGGAGAUGCUGGAGAUCGUGCUCGGCGGCCGGCAGAACACCCGCUCCUGGAUCUCCCUGGGCAAGAUGGGCGAGCCCGUGGUCAGCGCGCCCUCGCCCAGCAUCCUCUCCUGGGACGAGUUCCGCAGCUUCUGGAUCAGCUGGAGGGGAGGCGUGGUGCAGGUGGGUCAUGGUCUGCAGCCGUCCAAUGAGACGGUGAUCUUGCAGUGGGCCGGCCCCCUCCCCGGGCAGGUGAGGCACAUUGGCUUCUCCACUGGCUGGGGCUCUGUGGGGGAGUUCAAGAUCUGGCGUAAGGAGGACUCCGACGAGAACCACAAUGAGGCCUUCACCCUGGGCGUCCCGCACAAUGUGGUGCCCGGCUCUGAGAGGGCCACCGCCUCCAUGAUUGGGGAUGUGAUGGGCCCCACUCUCAACAACCUGGACAACCUGCUGCGGCUCCCCUUCGGCUGCGGGGAGCAGAACAUGAUCCACUUUGCCCCCAACGUCUUUGUGCUCAAGUACCUGCAGAAGACUCGCCAGCUCAGCCCCGAGGUGGAGGCUGAGGCCACUGACUACCUACUACAAGGGUACCAGAGGCAACUGACCUACAAGCGCCAGGACGGCUCCUACAGUGCUUUUGGAGAGAGGGACUCGUCUGGGAGCAUGUGGCUCACGGCGUUUGUGUUGAAAUCGUUUGCCCAGUCCCGUGGAUUCAUCUUUAUUGACCCGGAGGAGCUCCGUGCAGCCAAGACCUGGCUAAUCAACCACCAGAGAGAGGAGGGUUCCUUCCCUGCUAUGGGCAGGAUUCUCAAUAAGGACUUGCAGGGAGGGAUCCAUGGAAAGAUAUCCUUGACUGCGUAUGUGGUAGCUGCUCUCCUGGAGACUGGAAUAUCCACGGAGGAGGAGAAGAUGGCAGUGGCCAAGGCCAAGGGCUUCCUUGAGAGCAACACAUAUUCGGCAGAUGACCCCUACACCACCGCCCUGUCUGCGUAUGCCCUGGCCCUCCUGCGCAGUCCCUACGCCCCCUUGGCCCUGCGGCGCCUCAAUCACAUGGCUAUCACACAGGACGGCUUCACCCACUGGAGUCUAACAGGAAGUACGGUGACAGAUGAGGACACCUUCAUGGGCUUCAGCGACGGGCUGUCGCAGUCAGUGGUAUCUGCGGAGGUGGAGAUGACGGCCUACGGUCUGCUGACCUACACGCUGCUGGGAGAUGUAGCCUCCGCGCUGCCCGUGGUCAAGUGGCUCUCCCAGCAGAGGAACGCUCUUGGCGGCUUCUCCUCCACUCAGGACACAUGUGUGGCGCUGCAGGCCUUGUCGGAGUACGCCAUUCUGUCCUACGUUGGAGGGGUGAACCUCACCAUAUCUCUGGCCUCUACCAACCUAGACUUCCAGGAGACGUUCGAGCUCAACAGGGACAACAAAAAGAUCCUACAGAGUGCUGUGAUUCCCAGCAUCCCGACCGGAUUGUUCGUCAGCGCGAAGGGCGAGGGCUGCUGCCUCAUGCAGAUUGACGUGUCCUACAACGUGCCUGACCCAGUGGCCAAACCCGCCUUCCAGCUUACAGUGGACCUGAAGGAGCCCCGCCCAGAUCGACACCCCUCCCCUGCCUCGCGCCCCUCUGCCGCUCGCUCCCGCUCCCGCGCCGACAACCGCUCCGAGCUGAACCGCAAGCGCAGGGCGCCCACAGAUGACGAGGACCCCGCGGCCCACCAGGACCACCUGGACUACCGCGUCACGCUGGAGGCCUGUGCCAGGUGGCUGCACUCCGGCUCCUCCAACAUGGCCGUCCUGGAGGUCCCUCUGCUCUCAGGGUUCUGUGCUGAUGUGGAAAGCUUGGAGAAGCUGCUGAUGGACAAGAGGGUCGGUCUGAAGAGGUAUGAGGUGGACGGCAGGAGGGUCCUCUUCUACUUUGAUGAGAUCCCCAGUCAGUGCAUGACGUGUGUCAGCUUCCAGGCCCUGCGAGAGUACAUCGUGGGCAAGACGGCACCUGUGCCGGUCAAGGUGUACGACUACUAUGAACCAGCGUUCGAGGCAACACGUUUCUACAACGUCAGCGAGAACAGUCCCCUGGCACGCGAACUGUGUGACGGCACCACCUGCAACGAGGUGGAGAGCUCUACCAGCCGGUGGAUAGGCUUUGUGCAGGGGAGCCAGUGCAACAACGUCUUCGGCUGCCUGGAGGAGGAGCAGUUUGAGCGCUGCACCUGCUACCGGGACUGCGGCUACGACGGCGAGCCGGUGUGCGGGUCCGACGGGCAGCUCUACCAGAACCAGUGCCAGAUGGAGGUGGCCGCCUGCCGGAACGGAACCCGCAUCGAGCAAGUGCCCAUGGCCCAGUGCCCGCAGAUGGAGGUGGCCACUGAGGAGCGGGAGCCGGUGAAGGAGGGAGAGCAGGAGCAGGACACAGUGCCCGUGCAGACAGGUGAGGAGGAACCGGGCUCUCUGGCGGAAGUGUCCUACUACUCCUACGAGUAUGACACAGAGGCUGAACCCUUCCCCCCAGAGGAAGAGGAGCAGUUUGAACUGGUGGGGGAGGGGGGCGGCGAGACAGAGAGGCCUCCUGAUACCCAGCUACACACACUGGACACCAAGGACACACCUGAGCGAUGAAACCUCUCCGUGGCCGCAGUACAAGAGAGAUGACUAAAUUGUACAUUGUUUGUGAAUAUGUUGCCGUGAGCAGAGAGCGAGGAGAGAGCAGGGGCUGUUCAGCCUGAGGGAGGCGAGAUGGAGUGUGUGUAUGGCCGAUGUGACCACCUCCAUCUGUCUUUGCAUUUCUCUCCUGUAUACCCAGUCUCUUACUCACCAGUAGACACCAUAGCUCAUUUUUAUCUAGUGGCUAUAUGUUGUUUUAUAUAAUCUCUA